UCAAGCAAGCAGUAUAGCUUAGCUACAGCAGUAUCUUGUCUGAGCUUGGAAAAUAUUUGCGCCUUCGGCACAGGCAUUCUUUUCUUCUCUCGGUCUUCCUCUCGCUCUCUUUCUCCUCACAAAUCGUAAACACACAACCAAAAAACACCCCAAGAAGAAAACAUGAGCUGCUCUACUUCUACUACCACCAAGUCUCUUCGCAUUGUCGAGGAGCAAAAUACCGUCCAUGUCUUUGAUGCACUUAUCUCUGAUGAUCUCUGGUGCACUGGAGAGGAACACUACGAGAGCAGAAGAUCCCUGAAAGCACACACAAUCAAGCUCCGAAGAGAAGGCGUUGACCGCCUUGUCGAGAGCACCUUUGCCAACCCCGCCGCUGACACUCAAAAGUUGCUCAACGACUUCACUCGCCACUCAGACGGACGAGGAUUGGAACGCCUUACAUCCCAACAGCACUACGAAGAACGAAUGUCUCAGCGAGCCUUGGCAAUCAAGGCCAUCCUCAUGGGACAACAAGAAGCUCGGGAUCGUGGCCUUCAACUCUGCGACGUCACAGAACAACUUCGAGAACUCUCCUUGCGAUACUGCUGCACCGCCAAAAUCUUUGCUCGACGAAUGGGCAAGGCCGAUGAAUACGCUUGCUACAAGAAGAGCAAGAGCAUCUCAUGCGAUGUCAACAGCACCGGCAGCACUUCCAAGAAGUCCUCCAAGAGCAAAUCCAAGAAAGAAGCUUCCUCAUCCAAGAGCAGCAAGUCCAACAAAGGACAACUGUCUGCUUCUCUGGCAAAACAGUGCUCAAGUCGUCGCCUGGUAACAUCUGCUUCUGCAAGGUCGCUUGCCAUCGCUGCAUGAGCUCUUCCAUUGCUCCCUGCCUCCUUCGACCUCCACACCGCCCUCCUGUAAACUACUUUUUAAAAUGUACAAUAGACACACCUUUGGAC